CCGUAAAUUGCGGCGUCGAAAAUCAGAGAACCUUUGCUUAGACUAAAGACAUUUGCAAAUAAAUUAGAAGAAGUGCUGAAGAGUAUCCGUAAACACUUGUGAAAAUAUUUUCAACUCGCGUCGGCUUCCUGACUUGGCCGGGACUUCAAUUUUAGAGCGUUCGAUAAUGGUGGAAGUUUUGAUGGAAUCUGGUGGACAAGAAGUGGCGGUGGCCGAUAACUGCGGAUCGACGCCAAACACCCCGGCGGAUUUUCCGUCAAAGCCAGUCGAGAUGUCGGUCCCACCAACGAAAUUGACCACCCUUCAAGAGUUCUAUACAGGACAGAGUAUCUUCAUCACCGGAGGUACAGGCUUCCUGGGUAAACUGCUGAUCGAAAAACUGCUGCGAAGCUGCCCCGGAAUCGUUUCGAUCUACCUGCUCGUUCGCGCGAAGAAAGGAAAGGAUGUGCACCAAAGAGCCGAAGAAAUCUUUGACGAUCCGCUUUUUGACCGGCUCAAGGAAGAAGUGCCCAAAUUCCGUCACCAAAUUGUCCCCGUAGCGGGCGACUGCAGUGCUCCUGGACUCGGAUUGACACCAGUCGACAGAUCGACCAUCACCAGAGAAGUCUCUAUUGUAUUCCACGGAGCUGCCACGGUCAGGUUUGACGAAAAAUUGAAACUCGCCGUUGCCAUCAACGUCCAAGCGCCAAAAGACAUUCUGGAGCUUUGCAAGGAAAUGUCCAAGCUCAAGUCUAUCCUACACGUGUCGACGGCCUAUGCGAACUGCCCGCAGGACGAAAUAGACGAGAAAUUCUACGACCCCCCGAUAGAAUACAAGAAACUGCUUACGAUGGUUGACUGCGUAAAUGAGAAAUUCCUCGAUGAAAUCACACCAGAAUUGCUGGGGAAAUGGCCUAACACAUAUGCCUACACAAAAGCGAUUGCUGAGCACGUUAUCAGGGAAGAGGCUGGAGAUUUGCCCGUUGGAAUGUUCCGUCCAGCAAUUGUGAUUUCAACGUAUCGAGAGCCGAUCAGAGGAUGGAUAGACAACAUGUACGGUCCAACCGGAGUGGCAGCUGGAGCUGGAACAGGUUUGCUUCGAUCUCUGCACUGUAACGGAUCUAUCCAGGCGAAUGUAGUGCCCGGCGAUAUGACUGUUAACGCUAUGAUAGCCGCUGCCUGGGACGUGGCCGAAAUGAAGGGAAAAAAUAAAAACGGCUCGGAAAUUCCCAUCUACAAUUACUGCAGCCGGGACAACCCCAUCACCUGGGAUGAUUUGAAGGAAAUGUCUGAAAAGCACGGGAUCGCAUUUCCAUCGAUAAAGGCGAUGUGGUACUACAGCUUCCGAAACACGAAGAAUAAGGUCUUCCACCUCUUCCUAGUCUACGUUCUUCACCUUUUACCAGCUCUUGUGAUCGACACGGCGACGAUAUGCGUUGGAAAAGAGCCACGAUUACUCAAGAUCUACAAGAAAAUUCACAAAUUCAUGACGGUACUAAACUAUUUCACAACCCACGAAUGGAAGUUCUCAACGCAGAUGGUUAACAAGAUGUACGGCAAGCUUGAACCAGAAGAUAGAGAGAUCUUCUGCUUUGACAUAAAGAGUAUCGUUUGGGACACGUAUUUCCAAACGUACAUGAAAGGCAUCCGGAUAUACCUCAUCAAGGACCCCCUCGACACACUCCGACAAGCAAGAAUCAGAUGGCAAAGAAUGUAUUGGCUUCAUCAAGGUUUCAAGCUGUUACUUGCCUAUGUGUUUCUAAGAGUGUCGUGGCUCACAGUGUCUACGGUUCUUUCCGUUGUCGCUUAGUGGAAUAUUCAAGUAAACCAAAU